CGCUUCAAAGGUUUUACCAUUCUCAGAGAGACAAAAUCGUCUUCACUCUUCAUCAUCCUGAGUAGAUUCCGUUCCACCACCAUUCUCUGUCUCGAUCUCCGCGUGCAAGAACUGAAAGAAAGAAAUGGAGAAAGCCCAGGAGGUUGAAGCUGAAAAUGGAGAAGGCACAGAAGAAAGCAAGUCCCUGAAAGACGGUUCCAUUUGUGGGUACGAGUCACUUCACUCUCUCCUGAGCGCCAAUCUCAAGCCUGAGCUCUUCCAGGAAGUCAGCCGCUUGCUACUUGGGCUUAAUUGUGGAAGGACACUUGAUAAGAUAGUUCUCCCAGAACCCACUAAAGCUCUCUCUUCAGAACAUGAUUUUGACCUUCAGGCUUUCUGCUUUCGCGCUGACAAAGAAUUAUUGAGAGCACCUCGAGUAGUUAGGGUUGGUCUUAUUCAGAACUCUAUAUCUCUUCCAACAACUGCCCCCUUUCUGGACCAAAAGAGGGCUAUCUUUCAGAAACUAAAGCCAAUCAUCGAGGUUGCUGGUUCUUCAGGAGUCAACAUAUUAUGCCUGCAAGAAGCAUGGAUGAUGCCAUUUGCCUUUUGUACGCGAGAGAAGAGGUGGUGUGAAUUUGCAGAGCCUGUUGAUGGGGAAUCAACGCGAUUUCUUCAGGAUCUUGCACUUAAAUAUAAUAUGGUCAUUAUAAGUUCUAUUCUUGAGAGGGAUGUCAAUCAUGGAGAGACUCUUUGGAACACUGCUGUUAUAAUUGGAAAUCAUGGCAACAUAAUUGGCAAGCAUCGGAAAAACCAUAUACCAAGAGUUGGAGACUUCAAUGAGAGCACAUAUUAUAUGGAAGGCAACACAGGACAUCCUGUUUUUGAGACGGCUUAUGGAAAGAUCGCUGUUAAUAUAUGUUAUGGGAGGCACCAUCCUUUGAAUUGGUUAGCUUUUGGCUUGAACGGUGCGGAGAUUGUUUUCAACCCUUCUGCUACUGUUGGCGAACUCAGUGAACCAAUGUGGCCCAUCGAGGCGCGUAAUGCUGCAAUAGCAAACAGUUACUUUGUUGGGUCAAUCAACCGAAUUGGGACUGAAAUAUUCCCCAAUCCAUUCACUUCGGGGGAUGGAAAGGCACAACAUGCAGAUUUUGGGCACUUUUAUGGAUCCAGCCAUUUUAGUGCCCCAGAUGCUUCUUGCACUCCAUCUCUUUCCCGCAACAGGGAUGGGUUGUUGAUCUCAGACAUGGAUCUUAACCUCUGCAGGCAGCUAAAAGACAAGUGGGGCUUCCGGAUGACUGCCCGGUAUGAGGUGUAUGCAGAGUUGCUUGCUAGUUAUCUGAAGCCAGAUUUCGAGCCCCAAGUCAUUUCUGACCCCUUGUUACAUAAGAAGACUUUGUAAAUUUCAGGUACUAUGAAGAGUUCAUCUGAAAAUAAUAAUAAAAAAUAAUUAAAAACUGUGUUGGAAUAAUGCCUCAAGUUCUCUGUAAAAAUAUACGUACUCGGUGUUGACUUGAGAAUACUCGUUGUUUUUAAAAUGUAAUUGUUCAGUUAGAUAGCCAGUAUUGCCUGGGGCUAUAAAUUAAAUUCUCAGUUUAAUAUCA